GUCAUCAGCUUCCCAAAGCCAGCCGCGCCAUCCUCCCGGAGUAUUUUCGCUAGCUUGCCUGAUAACAGACUGGUGGUAGCAAAUUGCUGUCUAUUGUUUGACUCCGAAGUGAGAGGAUGUUAUGUAGCUAGUUAGCUGGGAUUGCUGUAAAGCGGUAAUAAAUUAUUUCUGAAAGGACGGUGUGUAUCCGUUGAGCUCCUCCUCCUGGCCCCAACCCCUUCCUGUGGUGUGAGAAUGGGGAGCACCCCGCUCCAUGUGCUGCCUGCGGAGAGUCUGAAAUAAAACCCAUGAGCGUGGAGAAGAGCGCCUCCAGCUGUGGCCCUGAUGAUGGCAGUAAGGAGAGUGUGUCAGGGCCGGGGUCAGGGGGUGGCGCUGGAGCCCUGCCCCUGUGUGAUGGGCAGGACUGGGCGGAGUCCCCCAGGGGCUCACCUGAGGAGGCCAGCACCAUCUCACCCAUUCUGGCUGAGGAGACCUUCCGCUACAUGACCUUCUUCAAGCUGGACCCCUCCCCCUCUUGCUCUUCUUCCUCUUCCCACCCUAACUCGCACACGCGCUCUCGAGUCCUCAGUGCUGACCGGGUGGAGCAGAUGACAAAGACCUACAGUGACUUAGACGUGGUGACUCACCUGUUGACAGAGAGGGACCGGGACUUGGAGCUGGCUGCUCGGAUUGGUCAGUCGCUGCUGCAGAGAAAUCAACUGCUGCAGGAGCGCAACCAAGCCGUGGAAGAGCAGCUUACACAGGCACUGGACCAGGUGCAGCAGCUGCAGCAUGUGCUGUGUAAGAAAGAUGAGCUGUUGCGCAUGGUGGCCAGCAUUUCGGAGGAGAGCGAGACAGACUCCAGCUGCUCCACACCGCUACAGAACAGCAGGCCGCUGCCCGCCACGCUCACGCUCAGCCAGCUGGAGGCGCUGCAGAGCAAGCUGCAGCAGCUGGAGGAGGACAACCUGGCCCUGCGCUCUGAGGCUUGUCACCUGGAGACGGAGACCAUGUCCUAUGAGGAAAAGGAGCAUCAGCUGGUGAACGACUGUGUUAGAGAGCUGCGCGAAUCUAACAGCCAGAUCAUGGCACUGACGGACGAGCUGUCGAGGAAGAACGACGACUUGCUGCGUCACCAGGAGGACACGACACAACUGCUGAGCCAGAUGGUCGAUCUACAGCACCGAGUGAAGGAGCUCUCUCUGGAGAAGGAGGAGUUGAGGAUUCACUUGCAGCAUUCCAAAGAUGCUCAGCGCCAGCUCACUACAGAGCUGAGCGAGCUCCGCAGCAGGAACGCGGAGUGCGUGGGGAUGCUGCAGGAGUCGCAGGAGGAAGCCAAGCAGCUGCGCAGCCGCAGCACGUCCUCCGCGGGUCUGCGCAGACACCAGUCCUACGGCCUGAUCCCAAUGGACUGUCUGGCAUCUGAGAUAGAGGUAUCUAUGCGGAGGCAACUGAGCUUGGAGGGGGAGUUCACCUUCCAGGACCAAAAGGAUUCGCAGAAACGCGUGUUCCAGACCGUACGCGCCGUCAACGAGUCGUCGGCUCGGCACCCCGCCCCCCGGCCCAUCCCAGGCUCCGCCCACAACAGCGUGGUGAUGACCGCGCAGCCCUUCCAGUCCUGCGCGCCGGCUGCGCAGCUGCGCAGACGGGAGGAAGCCACUCCCAGGACCAGCGAUUGUGGAACACCCCUAGGACAGCCUGGCACUCCGGGAGGAAGUGACCUCACCUCUGCGUUGCAGCGCCUCUCCCUGAGGCGGCAGAACUUCCUGUGCGAGCGGCAGUUCUUCCAGGAGGAGCGGGACAGGAAGCUGCAGGCACUGGCGCGAGCGGGACAGGAAGGGACAGAGGCGGACUGGGAGGGGAGCGGCUGCAGCUCCCCUAGUGGCAGCGCGAUCUCAUGCAUCACAAACCUGACGGACCUCUCCUCCACCUCCACCACCUUCAAGAGCUUCCUGCCGGAGAAACUGCAGAUCGUCAAGCCCAUGGAAGGGUCCUUCACGCUGCACCACUGGCAGCAGCUCGCCCAGCCCCACCUGGCAGCCAUCCUGGACCCUCACCCGGGCGUGCUCACCAAAGGGUUCCGCCCCCUCUCUCAGGACGCCGUGCAUUACCUCACUGACCCGGAGGAGGACGAGGAGCUGGCGGAGAACGGGAAGAGUGGCCGGGAGAAACAGGAGGAAGAGGAAGAGGAGGAGGAGGAGGAAGAGGAGAUGGGGAUUACCUUCCGGGUGAAGUGCACCUCCACCCCGGAGGAGAAGAGAGGAGUGAGGAAGAGUGAGAGAACACCCGUCUGCGCGUCUGUGACUGUACUGCCUCUGUCCCAUCCCUCUCAGGCCCCUCCCACCUCCCCUACCCCACCCCCUGGCCCCCUAGCCCCACCGCCUCCACCCCAGCAGGCCAACAGUCACAUCCUCAGCACACCAGCGCCCUCUCCUGCUCACAAUCCAGGGAAAUGUCUGAGCUCCACCUACUCUACCUUCACCUUCACCACCUGCCGAGUCCUCCACCCAUCUGACAUCACCCAGGUCACGCCCAGUUCUGGGUGUGUCUCCUCAGUCUCAGUUAACACGCCCAGUUCUCUGCGCUCGGUGCCCAGUACCCCGGUCACGCCCUAUCGGCUCAGCCUGGGAAUCUCCUCCCCCCUGCUCUGCCCCGCCCCCCCACAGGGCCUUGCUCAGCUGCUGCUGGAGAGGGGCAUCUCGGCCCAGGGGGCCUCCGCUGAGAGGGCCUCCCGAAAGCCUGCGCCUCGCUCGCUCCCCAGGACCCCGCCCAACUCCCCGUCCCACUCCCCUCCGCCCUCGCCCGUACCCUGGGAGACACGCCCGGCGCCCCCCCCACCCGCGGACAACUUCCUGGCCUCCCGCCCCGCCGAGGUCUUCCUUCAGGAGGUCUACGGCCUCAACCUGGGCCGCCUACGCCCGGACCCGCCCGGCCCUGCCACGCCCCUCUCACGGGACCCGCCGUCCGUCGGCCUGGUGGAGCGGCUGCGCCGGCUGGGAUUGGCCGGGGCGCUGCAGGGGGCGGAGUCGGAAAGGCAGCGGCCGCAGGACACGCCCACCUUCCUGGCGACGGGCAGCGGGAGCCUGCUGAACGGCCUGCGUAGGAACCACAGCCUGCCUUGCAUGGCUGGGGGGCGGAGCCAGUCCGCCUGCAGCGCUUCACACCCGGCCUCAGCCCCGCCCCCUCACUCCUCCCUUGCCCUUCCCAUAACCCCCUGGGGCAGCCUAAAGGAGCCAGCUGUUGCCCCCUCUUCCUCCUCAUCCUCUUCCACUGCGCAGGUCCCACCCUCUCCACACAAAGCUUGAGGGGUCAGGAUCCUGACUGGGGGGUGGGGCUUCGGGUUGACUGACGCAACACUGGCCCCCACCCCCCGGUCUCCAAAAAACUGAU